AUGGAUGCAUUCAGAGCGUUUGAAAACGGGUCGCUCUUGCCCAGUUCCUUUGCUCCUGCCAGAUGGGAUCCCUUCCGCCGGCCCUUGGACUCCAUCCAGCCCUGGCAAUUCAGGCUUCUGGCAGCAGCAAUGCUGUUGGUGACCUCCCUGUCACUUGCUGAGAACCUGGCUGUAAUCCUGGUAACUUGUAAGUUCAAGCAAUUGAGACAACCUGUCAAUUAUAUUAUUGUCAAUUUGUCUGUGGCUGAUUUCCUGGUCUCACUGACUGGUGGUACCAUCAGCUUUUUAACAAAUCUAAAAGGUUAUUUUUUUAUGGGAUACUGGACUUGCGUGUUGGAAGGAUUUGCUGUCACAUUUUUCGGCAUUGUGGCUCUGUGGUCCCUGGCUCUGCUGGCCUUGGAGCGGUACGUUGUGAUCUGCCGCCCCCUGAGAAACGCGCGCUUGAGGGGGAAGCACGCAGCUCUAGGAAUUGUCUUUGUGUGGAGCUUUUCCUUCAUUUGGACCAUUCCACCAACAGCUGGUUGGAGCAGUUACACCCCCAGUAAGAUUGGAACUACUUGUGAGCCUAACUGGUACUCAGGAGCUUAUGCUGACCGUACAUACAUUAUUACGCUCUUCACCACCUGUUUUAUAAUACCCUUAUUGGUGAUUUUGGUAUCCUAUGGAAAACUGGUGCAGAAGUUAAAAAAGGUGUCAGAUGCACAAGGCAGGCUGGGAACUACCAGGAGACCUGAAAGACAAGUGACUAGAAUGGUUGUUUUUAUGAUCAUUGCCUUUCUGAUCUGCUGGAUGCCGUACGCUGCCUUUUCUAUCCUAGUCACUGCAUAUCCCUCCAUUGAGCUGGAUCCUCAUCUGGCAGCAAUUCCGGCCUUCUUUUCCAAAACAGCUACCGUCUAUAAUCCAAUUAUCUAUGUCUUUAUGAACAAAGAGUUCAGGCAGUGUCUGAUUCAAUUGUUCAGCUGUAAUGCCAUAGGACCUGCAGAGUCCAACAUGAAUCUGGCUUCAGAGAGAGCAGCGCUAACCCAGGACAGGAGAGGCAGCGAGAUGGCCCCCAUGGCAGUCCAUGGCACCAUUUCUAAGAGGAAAACUGGAGAUGGUCACAGAGGCCGACAACCUUUGGCUCUGUUGACAGCUUCAGAAAACAACGUGUGUCCCGUGUAG